AUGUCAAACCCCACCAAUAUAGGAUACGAUCUGCUCGCGACAGGCUACACAUCAAAGAUCUAUCGCAUCCCCAACUCGGACAAAGUAAUCAAAGUCCUCAUCGACGACGAGCAACGUGGAUACAAUGCAAAGUUAUUCUUCGAGGCCGAACGUGCCGUCUAUGAACGUCUAUGGCAAGAUUCUGACCGUGAUCCCCCUCCACAAAGCGUGUUGAGAUACUUCGGUCCUGAUCCAACCUUCCCUACAGGUCUGACGCUCGAGCUAGCCAGCAAGGGAAACGUCUGGGACUAUGUCUUUCACAAUCGUCCUAUUGCCUCGGAUCUUGUGCUCCGAUGGGCAAAGCAAGCAGCUCAAGGUCUGGCGUUCAUUCACAAGUGUGGUGUCCUGCAUCGCGAUAUCCACGCAAUCAACAUGUUUCUCGACGAUGAGCUCAAUGUUAAGAUUGGCGAUUUUGGUGCUUCGUCAAUUGAUGGCGGAAAAGGGCUCUUGCGUUAUCGAGAAACACACCAGUUGUGGGUGGCGGAUGAGAAGGGCAACGGUUAUCGUACAGAGAUAUCAGUUCGGUCGGAGAUUGUUGCACUUGGCUCAUCGUUGUAUUUCAUCGUUACUGGACAGGAUCUGUUCGAAGGAGAGCUAAGGCUGGACCAGGAUGAGGAGAUUCAGUACCGCAUGCAGAGAAGAAUGUUGCCGAGGACAGAAAAUCUGCGUGUGCUCGGAGAAGUGACAAAGAAUUGCUGGAACCUGAAGUACCAGCAAAUGGAGGAUGUCGUGAAAGAUGUUGACCGUUUGUAUCCUCAAGAAGUGAAUAAUCUGCCAACGGCAAUCGAUUCGAUUUAG